GAUCGAUAUUAUGGUACAAAUGAUCCGGUAGCCAAAAAAAUAUUAAACCGCGUAAAAGGAGGUGGGAAUUCUAACAUCACUCCACCAGAAGAUAAGUCUAUUGUAAUCGUUGUUGUUCACAAAUCUAAAUGCGCUUUUGUGAAUUAUGCAACUAGAGCAUCAGCCGAGCAAGCGAUAGAUAAAUCUCAUAAUACCCUAAAUAUUAAAGGACACGCAUUGAAAGUAGCAUGGGGAAGGCCGAGACCUACAGGACCAAAGACGGAGGUACAAGCAGUAACAGCGCCGCAAGGUCUCAUACUUCCAUCACUUGAAUCUAUGGAAAUUCCUGCACCGCCUGGUGAAACUCCUGACGACAAAGUUAAAUUUAUCAUUUGUUUAGAUCCGACCUAUCAGGGCUCAACGAACAAAA